CCCGACGGUGGGUUCAGAGCGUGGCUUAUUGUUUUCGGGGUCAGUACCACUUACCCUCAUGAGUUCGGUUACGUCAAUUCUUGGGGUAUUUUUCAAGCCUACUAUCAACUAACCCUCCUACACGACUCGCCACCAUCAAGCAUCGCGUGGAUAGGUUCCAUCCAAUACGCCCUCAUAUUCCUCCCAGCAAUAUUCAUAGGCCGCCUAUUCGACCUGGGCCAUUUCCGCGUCCUAUUCCUCUCCUCAAGCGCGCUCUUAGUAGGCGCGACGUUCUUAGUAGCGCAAUGUACGCAGUACUGGCAUUUUCUCCUUUGUCAAGGGAUAGCCGUUGGGGCGGCGUGCGGAGGUAUUUUCGGACCUACCGCCGCGGUCAUCGCGCAUUGGUUCAAGAAGCGGAGGGGGCUGGCUAUGGGGAUUGUAGCUGUUGGAUCGUCGCUUGGGGGCGUAGUUUUGCCGAUUGCGUCCUCUGACGGGUUUUUGGAUUAUAGCUUUCCGUGGACGAUGAGGGUACUCGGAUUUAUCCUCCUUGUAGUCUUGGGCGCUGCGAAUUUGACCCUGAAACGGCGUCUACCAUCUCGAAAUGUACCGGGAGGCCUCUUCAACUGGGGCGCCUUCAAAUCGGCGCCUUUCUCCGUUUAUUGCGCCUCGGCGUUUUUCAACUUUCUUGGAUUAUACACCGUCCUGACUUACGUCGACGUCAGCGCAGCUUCAAUCGGCAUAUCCCCUUCGUUCUCCUUUUAUUUUGUCGCAAUCGCAAACGCAGGGUCUCUCCUAGGUCGCUACGUCGCUGGGUAUAUGAGCGAUCGACUCGGUCCAAUGAACAUUAUGAUACCCUUUACCGGAGUAGCCGGGAUAUUAACCUACGCAUGGCCAUUCGCCAAGACGAAAGCGUCGCUUCUCGCUUUGACGGUUCUUUACGGGUUCGCUUCGGGUUCAUAUAUAUCUCUGCUCGCCAACCCAAUGAUGGAUCUGGGAGAUACGCAUGAUGUCGGCAGAAGGCUAGGAAUGUUUUUGAGUAUCAUGUCCUUUGGCGCGUUGGCUGGCCCUCCAAUAUCGGGCGCGAUU